UGUGAUGACAAAACCAGUUUGUAACAGGCUUGUCUUUGGGUCUCUCUCGGCUUACUAGCCGGCUUGAAGGGACACCUAGCAUCCGCAGAGACCGGUCAAGAAGCUGCAGGCAGAGCACGCAGGUCGCAGCGGCUGCUCUCCUGCAGUGGGCUGGCUCCCAGAUCUAGACAGGCAGCUGCUCCGUUCCUUGAUCAUUCUACAGCCUUUGCCUAGGAGGAGAAGUUUGUUGAUAACAUGCUUUUACGAAGCUCAGGAAAAUUAAAUGUGGGUACCAAGAAAGAGGAUGGCGAGAGUACAGCCCCCACACCUCGCCCCAAGGUUCUUCGUUGUAAAUGCCACCACCACUGUCCAGAAGACUCAGUCAACAAUAUCUGCAGCACAGAUGGGUACUGCUUUACAAUGAUAGAAGAAGAUGACUCCGGAACGCCUGUGGUCACCUCUGGAUGUCUAGGACUUGAAGGGUCAGAUUUUCAGUGUCGCGACACUCCCAUUCCUCAUCAAAGAAGAUCAAUCGAAUGUUGCACGGAACGGAAUGAAUGUAAUAAAGACCUACACCCUACUCUGCCUCCGCUGAAGAACAGAGAUUUUGUUGAUGGACCUAUACACCACAAGGCCUUACUUAUAUCUGUGACUGUCUGUAGUUUCCUCUUGGUCCUCAUUAUCUUAUUCUGUUACUUCAGGUAUAAAAGACAAGAAGCCAGGCCUCGGUACAGCAUUGGGCUUGAGCAAGAUGAGACUUAUAUUCCUCCUGGAGAGUCCCUGAGAGACUUGAUUGAGCAGUCUCAGAGCUCGGGAAGUGGAUCGGGUCUCCCUCUGCUGGUCCAAAGGACAAUAGCUAAGCAAAUUCAGAUGGUGAAGCAAAUUGGAAAAGGUCGCUAUGGGGAAGUGUGGAUGGGAAAGUGGCGUGGAGAAAAAGUAGCUGUGAAAGUGUUCUUCACCACGGAGGAAGCCAGCUGGUUCCGAGAGACAGAGAUUUAUCAGACGGUCCUGAUGAGGCAUGAAAACAUUCUGGGGUUUAUUGCUGCAGAUAUUAAAGGGACUGGGUCCUGGACUCAGUUAUACCUCAUCACAGACUAUCAUGAAAAUGGUUCUCUUUAUGACUAUCUGAAAUCCACCACCCUAGAUGCAAAGUCCAUGCUGAGGUUAGCCUACUCUUCCGUCAGCGGCCUUUGCCACUUACACACGGAAAUCUUCAGUACUCAAGGCAAACCAGCAAUCGCCCAUAGAGACCUGAAAAGUAAGAACAUCCUGGUGAAGAAAAAUGGGACCUGCUGCAUCGCAGACCUGGGCUUGGCUGUCAAGUUUAUCAGUGACACAAAUGAGGUCGACAUUCCACCCAACACACGGGUGGGCACCAAGCGCUAUAUGCCUCCAGAAGUGCUGGAUGAAAGCUUGAACAGAAAUCAUUUCCAGUCGUACAUCAUGGCUGACAUGUACAGUUUUGGACUCAUCCUCUGGGAGAUUGCGAGGAGGUGUGUUUCUGGAGGUAUAGUAGAAGAAUACCAACUUCCCUACCAUGACCUGGUGCCCAGUGACCCUUCUUAUGAGGACAUGAGAGAAAUUGUGUGCAUUAAGAAGUUACGGCCUUCAUUCCCCAAUCGGUGGAGUAGUGAUGAGUGUCUCAGGCAGAUGGGGAAGCUUAUGACAGAGUGCUGGGCCCACAACCCUGCCUCCAGGCUGACAGCUUUGCGAGUUAAGAAGACACUUGCCAAAAUGUCAGAGUCCCAGGACAUUAAGCUCUGACGUUGGAUACUUGUGGACCGAGCAGGAGAUUUUUCCAGAAUCAUCCGUAGUCCAAGCCUUGAACAUUGUUCUACUGCCCAGUGGGUUCAGACCUCCCUUCUCAGAGAGCAAGUUGGAGAGACAUAGAAGGCCCCAGAGACACAGAUGGCUUUCUGAGGAGAGGGAACCGUUCGGGUAACUCGUUCAAGACAUGAUUUAUAUUGCUUUCUAAGAAAGCCCCGUAUUUUGUGAUUGCCAUUUUUUUAAGAAAAGAUAUUUUAAUUUUACCAUAAUAAAACAAAUAUUGUAGAUGAUUUAAGGUUUAUAAAACUCUAGUUUAAAUAAUAACAAAAUUUCUUUCCAGAAAAUUUCCUAGAAGUCAAAAAUGUUUUCCAUUGGCAAAAUACUCUAGCACUCUACAAACCCAAUCAGUCUGAGGGAAUAAAUUAUAAUUCAAAUUCCCUGCUUCAUUGCCCCAAGCAUCUCAGACUGGGUCAGCCCUGCUGUGGGCUGCCAGGGCAGUGUGAAUGUCCAUGCAUACAAGUCCUACCUGCCUGGGACCACAGCUUGGAAUCCUGCAGGUGGAUCUCUUGCACCUUUAGCCAGCGUGGAACAAAUGAAGGUUUUCUGUCACUAAUAGAAGUAUGUGUUGGUGGGUGUUCUUUAGAACCCUGCCUGUUUCUGCUUGUAUUGGGCAGAUCUUUCGGGUAGAGCCUCUCCUUGUCAUUAAAAACAAGCCAACCUUCCUCUUCUGCAGAGCGCUGGCAUGGGCAUGCUUUUGUUCGCAUCCAUCAGAAGAUCAACUCAAGUGUGGUAGAGACAAAGUACUUAAAACUAGAAAUGCUUUGUUCUUGUGUUGCAUGAAAAACAUGCCAGUAAGGCAGGGCGGACGUUAAAGGUGUAAACAGAUGGCUUGACCCUUAUACAUGUGUAAGAGCCCAUCACAGAGGCACAGGGAAGAGGUUCACUCAUGCUAGUUUGUGUAGAUACAGAUGGUUUUAUGUUGCUGUCUUUUCUAAACCUCAGAUUUAAGAGGCAGAAAGGAAUCGCCUGUGAGGUUAAUGUCACUAAACUUCAAUUUAGAAAUGAGCUCCAGGUGGUUGAGCAGAGGGACAUUAAUGAAGGUCAUCAAAUAUCACUGCUGCUGUGGUUUAUUCUAGACUAGAUAUGGAUCUGGUAUGGACCUCUUAAGUGAUUAUUUCACACCUUAUGUAUGAAUACUUCAUUCUAAUGUGAAUUUCACUAUUAACUUAUUCUGUUUAUCCAUCAUGGCAUAUGUACAAAACAUCUUCUGAUUCAAUUCUGUGUAGUUUAACUUUUGACUAUAUGAGCAAAAUCACUGAUAAGCCAAUAUUCCUUAGAAACAGGACCAGAGUAAAGUGGAAAUUGCCACACGACCCUUGCGACUUUAUCCAGUUAUUUCCUUGCUGUGUUUCUUCCUUAAUGAUUAGAAAUUACUUACUGGUUAUUAAGGAAUGUUGAAGUUUUUUGCCUUACAGAAUGACAUUCCUUCCAGAAUACUCCAGGGGGCAGUGUUUUCUUACACAUGUCACCACUUGAAAGAUGGAGACUUUAGGAAAAAUUGUCAACCGCAUGAGAAAUGAGGAAAUGUUCCACUCUCUUCUGGAGUAGACGCUCAGCUGGUAGGCUGUUCGUCUGGAAAAGAUCCUGGAGCUACAGUGUCUUUGAGCUGUACUCGGAGUUUGGGAAAACCGAGAGGGCUCUCCCCUUCUGUUCUAAUUCACUGCCAGGUUUUGUUUUCCACUAAGAAAGUAGAAUUUCUCAGUUCUUGAAUUUGAAGAAAUAAAAACGCAUUGUUAAUUUAAUAGUAAUUAGAUUUUUUUUUUUUUUUUUUUUUUUACUGAGGCCAGUAGAAGCUGAGUCUCUGAGGAGUCAUUUCUCUGUUGAACUAUAUCUGCUACAGACAGUUUUCCCCUUACAUUUGUAAAUUUAGUGUGGCAGUCAUCUGAGACUGGGAGAAAGAAACCUAAGUGCCUAGACAGGUUCAUCUACAAACACCUAAGUAAGCAUUCUGCUAGUUAACUAGAUAUAUUUGGAUUUUUUUUCUCGGUUUUCCUUGGGUGUAAGGGAAGUUGUGGGGACCUCUUAGGUCAAGCUAUGUUUUCUUAUCAGUAGAUUUUAAAACAUGGAUAUCUUCAAAUCAGAAUGUUGGUGGUGAGGCUGUUGGUGAUGUAAAGUUGGCGAGAUUUCUAGGGUUCCAGGGAAGAAUGGGGAGAAAUUUAAGAGUGCCCAGAUUUCAUCCGUGGUAUUCAUUUUGUUGCUUUUGGGAAAAAUCAACAACUCACUUUCUAAUUAUUACCCAUAUUUAUUCAGGAUGAAAAUCUUGAAAUCAUUAAAUACUUUAAAAAUCCACUCAAUUAUUACCAAUUUUCAAUGAAAUAAGGAUUUAUAAUUUAUUUAUGGAUAUAGUUUCUGUCUUAUGAAAAUACACUUCCUAGAUCUGAAUUUAGGUUAAGGACUACCUGUUCACAUCCCAAUAAUCUGUGAUAACUUUUAAACUUCUAGCAUAUCAGAAAUGAAAGUUAUUUUAUCUUUUGCUUUGGCUUCUUGCAAAUCAGUAAUAUAAUUGACUGCUGCUUACCUUUGAGACUCUAUCAAGGAGUAAGAUUUCCUUCUACUUCUUCUCCCCCAAAGGAAUCCUAAAUUAUUGUUAGGUAAGCUUUGUAUGUUCAAGUUUAUGAUUAAUGUAUGUGUGUAUAUAUUAUAUAAAUAUAGAUAUAUAUGUAAAUAUGUUCAUUCUGGAGUCUGGCACAACUCUAGUAUGUGGAUUAGAGAGUAAAAUAUUAUGGGUGGUAAAGUCCUAAAUGAAGCAUAAUAUUUAUUUAUGAAAGCAUGUACAUUGUUAAUCACAAAUGACAAGCAGUAAGCACUAUGUCUGACCUCUUGGACAGCUUUCCCUGAAGUCACUACUGACCAUUCUUUAUAUUCCUCAAACAGAAAGCUUCUUAGAUGACAUGCUGGGGUUUUAUUUACAGGGGAUUCUUUGACACAUUUCAAUUGGUGUGAACUUAAGGAUAACAUGUACUUAAUAAUGACUUGACUUUAAUGUUCCUAGGGUCAUGCAUAUUCAUCAGGAAUUUUAUAGUGUUCACCUGUUCCUAUACUUUAUUGUAGAUGGAAAGGCAGUGAGAAAAAAAUUUUUUUUGAAAAAAACUUUGAAUAUGUUUUGGCAGUUAUGCCCCCUCUGAAUCCCCCAGUCCCAUAAACAGUGGAAAUGAAAGGGACAGCACCAAAACUAAUGCAAUCUAACAAUUAUAACUAAUUGUUGCACAAACUAAUGCCAUAUUUUUAAAGAGAAAAGGUGGCCAUAUGUGGGGGAUAUUUUAUUCUGUCUGUUCCAAAAGUAGACUCAUUUGUGUUCUUUAGGGGAACCAGUGCCUUAUGGAAUUUGUAUAUACUGUAAUUAUUCAGGGUUAGGGGACAAACAAUGUAUUUGUUACAAAUUUUGUGUGACCUGUUUUCAUAUUUCCUUCAAUAAAUGGUGUCAUUUUCCCCGUGGAAGAACUGU